UACCAUAAACCCAUUUUCUUUAACAAUUACAAUGUUUAAGAUUAUUAUUUUUCAAAUACAUAUGCAAAUCCUUACUUAACUUCGACUGAAUUAUUGAUAUUAGCAUAAUUACAAAUUAUAGUUAUUUUAUUUUUCUCCUUGCAGUUUUAUUGGCGAAGAAGAAAUUUUAUUGCGAAACCCCUACUUAAGGAUGCCAAUAUUGGAGCUAUAAUAUUAGAAAAUCCGUUUUAUGGAGUAAGGAAGCCCGAUCAACAAGUGUAAUAAAUAUAUUUCCAUAAUUCGUUAGCGUACCAAUUCGUUUUCGGUCUUACUCUGCAUAACAGUCGCGCUCAAAUUUACAAAAUGUGUCUGACAUAUUUGUGAUGGGUGGAUGUCUAAUACUCGAAUGCUUGGUUUUACUGCAUUGGUGCGAAAGGAAUGGACUUGGGCCACUAGGCAUAACUGGGUUAUCCAUGGGUGGGCAUAUGGCUUCAUUGGCGGCCACAAAUUGGCCAAAACCUCUUGUGCUGGUCCCAUGCCUUUCAUGGUCUACUGCUGCGCCUGUAUUUACAACUGGCGUGAUGAGUCAAUCCAUAAAUUGGGAUAUGCUUGAAACGCAAUACCAUUCCGAUGGUAAAUAUAGUGAACGUUUGUCAAAGAUGGUUACCGUAGUGGAUGAUGCUUUUGCGGCUGGCCAAAAAUUUAUAAAAAAUUUUAACCAAUCAUUGCAAGCGCUCAAAAACGAUAUCAGUGAUACAAGACACGUUCAGGAGCAAGUGUCUGAUAAAAUAGGCAAUAAAUUCAUAGAAAUCAACAAUACAAAUAAGGCAGAAAGCAAUAAUUCAAUUUUCCUAAAUUCAAACAUGAGAAAGGAUGUUGUCAGCAAUAAGGGCAGUCUCCAGUUUAUGAGUGAAAAAUCAAAUAAGGCCCUGAACACCGUACUUCAAGUGCAGAAGGAACAAUCAGCUUUAACAAAACUAAUGAAGUUUAUUUUACCAAUGGCAGCACAAAGUGACAAUAAACGAAUAGAUAUAACAAAAACAAAUUGGUGGGAACGGGAAGCGUUGCAAUUCAUGCGUGGCAUGAUGGAUGAAUGCACACAUCUAAAAAAUUUCUCUGUACCUUUUGAUACAUCUUUAAUAAUAGCUGUUUGUGCCAAGGAUGAUGCUUACGUGCCACGUGAGGGGUGCACAGGACUUGAAGAAAUUUGGCCUGGAGUGGAAGUACGAUAUCUUGAUGCAGGCCACGUGAGUGCCUACGUCUUGCAUCAGAAGCUAUUUAGAUGUUGUAUAAUUGAGGCGUUCGAGAGAUCAAAGAAUAUUUACAAUACGGACAACGGAAGGAUAGGUGAAGAUCUGAAACCAACGUUAACAUAUAAGGAGCUUGUUAACAAAUAUACAAAUUCAAUUUAAUAUUUUUAUGAUGAUAUACACAGUUUUUAUUACCCGAUUUACUCAAACGCAAAUAUAAUGUUAAGCCAUUUUUAUUACCUUGUUGUGUGAA